CCUUUCACGCAAAUCCAAUCACACACAUCGAUGCGGCAAUUGAAACCGCAAUGUUCAACCAAGCAGAAAGGAAGUUACCCUCCGACCCACUAGAUAAGGGACGAACAGGCCUGAGUGGUGGGGGCCAGACAGGAAGGUUGGAGAAGAACAAGUUAUUUGGCAAGGGAAGGCGAAGGCAGGCUCUCGACUUUACCGUUGUUGCCGGCGUGGAGAAGCUCGGUGUUCAGUCAGUCGACGGUCGUUGAACCGACGACAAUGGUGAGUGAGUGACAAGAAGCAUCGUUGAAGUGAACCAUCAUGGCGAGCAUCGUUUCAGAACGUAUAUGCGGGCUGGCAGGUGCCAUGUUGCUGACUCUCUUGUCAAGUAGUCUGGCAACUCUACUAGAAAGCCACAAACGUUGUCAGGGCAACGGUCAACAACUCAAGUAUCUGUGGGGAGAUGCACUAACAGAUUCUCCAGACUGUCUAGGACCAAAUAACGCACCUUACCCUUCGUUGCAAAUCUCAAGGACGUUCCACAAGAUUCCGACAUGGGGAAUAUCAUCGAGAGCUGGCCGAUCCUCUGACACGGUCGACCCACAGCUCACUAAAAAGAUACUCUUAAAAAGUUUUGAACUUACCAACGACUUGAGAGAGUCGCAUAGCAGAUCAGGGAGGGAGUUCAGCAGUAGAGAGACUUGCGGAAGUACUCCAGCACGUUUGUGCAAGACUAGAUACAACACCACAGCACCGAUGUAUGGAGUAUCUCUUACGUCUGGGCAGCCUGUCACAAUCGUGCAGAAGUUCCCUGAUCUGCUGCAACAAGUUGUCUACGAAGUUUGCGAGACCAGCGAGUGCGACGUGGUCAGGGGAGAAUGUACUCAGACUUACGUUCCGUACCUGUUCCUGGUGAUUCCCCUGGGACCUGUAACGCUGACUGGACAAGACUACGUUCUGGUUGAGAGCGGAUGUGUCUGCAAGCCUAAGUACGCGGCUGCGUCUCCGACCUCUAGCGUUGCCCCACCGAUACCACCGCUCUGAGACCCUCUCUAGCCUAACUUGUGAUAGACUGCUGUGGUUGCCAAAGUGUCUGGAAGAAAGUGUGAAAACUUUAACAUUUAAGUGGAAAUUGUGAACAGCUUUAUUGUGAGACUUAGGUGUUCUGUGGUGAUCUAGUGUUCUACAAUUAUUUUGGGUUAUGAACAGUGUGUUUUAAGAGAUACAGUAGAAUCAUGAUUAUCUGAUCUUUUGCUAUCCAAGCAUCUGUUUCCUGGCCCUCCCUGCAUAUGAUGGACCACCAUGAAACACCUUUUGCUCCUGUAGUCAAAUUUUUAUAUGCAUACCUCAUCUACACAUGUUUUAUUCACGUCAGAGAUUUGUAAAUGAGUAUGGACUAGCUUUAUCGUGCAGUGGUGUUUUUCUUUAUUCGGUUAUGGCUUACUAUGGGUGUUCAAAAUGAUUUUUCCUGUUAUUCAACCUGAACGGUUAUACAACAAUUCCGGAUCAGGUCAGAUAAUCUAGAUUCUGCUGUAUAGUUAAAUAAAAAGAACAGAGAAGAAUAGAUCAAUUUAUGAUUAAUGUUUUUGGGCAAAUAGAUAUGAUUUGUGAGCUAGCACAGAGAAGUAAAAAACAAAAAAACUUGCUUAUAGGACCGUGGGCUUUUAACUCCAGAAUGUGUCGGAAAUAUACUUGUGACGAGCAAGGAGAACCCAAGCAGCACUGUGCGGAAAUUUGUAUCACACAGGGCACAGGUCUUCCUCCACCGUGAGCACUGUAGCACAUGAGGGUGAGAGGGGGAGGUGUUAAACUUUGUCUUAGACACCACUUAAAGUACCACAAUUUACCUCUGUUCCUUACUUCUCUGUGGUGCUACUGAACUGGAAUCUACAAAUAUCGUUUAAUUUAAUAACUUUCUUUGGCAUGAGAAGGGUACAAAUUAUGCUGCCAUCUUGAUUAGAUACAACAAUUGAGGCCUGGUACUAAAAACAGAAAUUUCUUCUUUUGUAACUGAUAUUUUUUUAGUACCCAUACUUCCUUUCAAUUAAGUCCAAUCUCUAAAUUGCUUUCCAGUUGUAGGCUACUGUACUUCUUUAUUACUUACUUACUUUAUUAAUUAUAUUUACUCGUUUGCUGUACUUAUUUUAUCAUAAACUUUUGUUUCAAGGAAAGAGUGUUUGAAUGUAGGUGAAUAAUGUACAUAUCUUCAAUAAAAUAGUAGACUAUUAUUUAUUUUUGUAGGUAUUUAGAGGAGAAAUAUUUAUUUUAACUGAAUUUUGGAAUAUUUAAAAGAAAACAAUUUUAUAUAGGUAACCAAAUUCUAAUUUGUAAUCCUCAAUGGGUCAAAUUUCUGAACAGUUACAGACUGACACUUCUGAAUUACAGACUUUUAUGUUCUAUUUAAUUUUUAUUAACAAGGGUUUUAACCUUGAACAUGAACACUAUUGAAUUUAAUUCAUUGUAUAUAGGUCAUUCUUGCCUCAAUUGUGUAACCAGUAUUUAAUUAGUUUCAAAUACUAUACAAUGAGAAAUACAGGGUGUUAUAUUUUAAUAACAUAAAUUGACCUGUAAUAAAUUAUUAUUAUCCUUAAA